AUGACAGAGGAGUCCAUGUCGUCAAACAAGCGCAUCCAACUGCUUCGCGAACGGCUCGAGUUAUACAACGCUACCAUCGCGGAGGCCAUGGGUGUGGUUGCGGGCGUCACCGACACGGAGAAGAUUGCCGCCUACAGCAGCAACGCCCCGGACAAGGCGGGGGAGAAGAAUACCAAAAACACCUCGAGUUGGCAGAGGACGGAAAGGGAAGCUGGCAGCGGUGGUACGGCUCCCCGCUUGGAGCGUAACCUUUCUGCAGAGUUCAAUGCGGCGCGCGCCACAAGGGCAGCGGCUACAGGAGCAGCGUCUAGUGGAGCUAACAACAAUAGUAAUGGUGAUGGCGAUGCACGCGGGGGCGACCGGCGUACGGUGCCGCCACCGCCACCAUCCCCGCCGCAGGAGGCGGGGCGACGGGAGGGUGUGCAGUCGUGUAGUGGUACGGGCACCACCUGUCAGGAGGACUCAAACUCCAUGUAUUCCUCAGAUAGUGAUGGGGGGGCAUUUGUGAACCCCUUUCUCAAUGAGCCGCUCUCCAUGGAGGAGGUUCAGGCAUCGAUGCGGAAUAUGCAGCGGGCGGAGUGGGCACCCGCCGCGAGAGCCGUCCCCCCGGCGGCCGUGAACAGCCCACCGCAGCGCACCAGUCCCCGUGAGUCUGACUACACCGCAUUCACGGACGAAGAUGAGGACAACAAGGCGGUGUCACUCCACACGUCACCGCCUCCACUCGCUGAGGAUCAUAAAGAGGAGCAUAAUAACAAGGCGGAGAAUGCGAGCGCGGAGGCGGAGGCGGAGGCGGUGUCGUCCUUCGCUAGGCUGGAGACGGCGCACUACAGGUUGUCUGUGGCAGAGCAGGCGGCGCUGAAGUUGCAACAGACGGUUGACCUUGAACACGUUAAACGCGUCCUGCCGCAGCGACAAAAGGCGCUUCAGCUUGCCGAGGUCCGUGACGAGCUUCUGAAGAAGGAGCAAACGCUGCGUCUGAAGGAUUCCACAGGCAGCACCCCCGACCACUGUGUACAAUACGGACGCAGUGAACUUUGA